AUGGCGGACCCGAAUCCAUUCAAGGCGAUAUGGAACCGAGUCAGCAGGUGGACCGUGCCGCUGGUCAACCUCGAAGUGGGCGAGAUGAAGGACAUUGUGUGGGCAAAGCUGCAAGAGCCCAAGUCGCAGCGCAAGCUGGUGCUGGUCAUCGUGUCCAUCGCCCUGCUCUUAGACAACAUGUUGUACAUGGUCAUCGUCCCCAUCAUCCCGGACUACCUCCGCUACGUCGGCACCUGGGGGGAAGAACCCGAAGCCAACUUCACGAUGAAUGGAGUGCCGCACCCGAGGGAUCAUCACGGGCAAGACAGGGCCACCGGGGUCCUCUUCGCCUCUAAGGCCAUAGUUCAGCUCAUGGUCAACCCCUUUUCCGGAGCGCUCAUAGACAGGAUCGGGUACGACAUGCCGAUGAUGGUAGGUCUCUGCAUAAUGUUUCUCUCGACAGCCGUCUUUGCCUGCGGCGGUAGUUAUGGAGUCCUCUUCUUCGCAAGAAGUCUACAGGGUGUUGGCUCCGCCUUCGCCGAUACAUCAGGAUUAGCAAUGAUUGCUGAUCGCUUCACGGAAGAAUCUGAACGGUCCAAAGCAUUAGGGAUAGCAUUGGCUUUUAUCAGUUUCGGUUGCCUUGUAGCUCCACCCUUCGGAGGCGCAUUAUAUCAAUUCGCAGGUAAGGAGGUGCCUUUCUUGAUUCUGGCCUUUGUGUCGCUGGCCGAUGGCAUAAUGUUACUUCUAGUAAUGAAACCCAUCAAAGAAACAAUCAAAGAAAAUCGACAAAUGCACGCCCAAAAGGACACAGUACCUAUCUGGAGGCUUUUCAUUGAUCCUUACAUUGCUGUGUGUUCAGGUGCAUUGAUGAUGUCAAAUGUUGCUCUAGCGUUUUUAGAACCGACUAUUUCUCUCUGGAUGGAAGAUCAUUUGACGACUGAUAAUUGGAAGAUUGGAAUGAUAUGGCUUCCUGCAUUUUUCCCUCAUGUUUUAGGAGUGGUCUUGACAGUGAAAAUGGCGAAAGAAUAUCCAAACUAUCAGUGGUUGAUGGCUGCUGGAGGCUUAGCACUAGAAGGCCUAUGCUGCUUCAUCAUUCCAUUCUCCUCAUCUUACAAAGUUCUGAUGAUUCCGAUCUGUGGAAUUUGUUUCGGAAUUGCCCUCAUCGAUACUGCUCUCCUUCCAACCCUAGGUUACUUGGUAGAUGUACGUUAUGUUUCAGUUUAUGGUAGUAUUUAUGCAAUAGCUGAUAUCUCAUAUUCCGUAGCAUAUGCAAUAGGCCCUAUCAUAGCUGGCGGAGUGGUCGAAGCCAUUGGAUUUACAUGGCUCAACAUUGGAAUAGCGUUUUCUAACCUUCUGUACGCUCCAGUAUUGAUGUACUUGAGGCAUAUAUAUGAUUUUAAACCAUUUGAAAAUGAAGCUAAUAUACUGAUGUCCGAUCCACCUGAUAAGAAAUAUCAAACGUAUACAAUGCAAGAUCAACAGCCUGUAAUGGACGAAGUAAAAAAUCACCUAGAAUUGGAGAUGGAUAGGGGAGUACAAGAGACUAACGUUGAUAAAGCGAGCUACAAGCAAGAGACUCCUGCAAGACCAGAACCUGUUCAAGGAAGACAAGACUACCAGCAACCGAGGCAGGACUAUACUCAAGGAAGACAGGACUACCAGCAACCAAGGCAAGAUUACCAACAACCAAGGCAAGACUACCAGCAACCAAGGCAAGACUACCAGCAACCAAGGCAAGAAUUUCAGCAACCGAAACAGGAUUACCAACAGCCAAGGCAAGACUAUCAACAACCCAGACAGGAUUAUCAACAACCAAGACAGGAUUACCAACAACCAAGACCGGAUUACCAACAAAGGCAGGAACAGUACACAAGGCCCGAACCACAACAGUCACAUCGUCAACUACCUCAGGCGCCAUCGGACACGAAUCCUUUCCGAAGACCAGAACCGACAGACCACGAUAGGAAUCCAUUUAGAUCUGGCUUCUAGAGGAAUCAACGGUCAUCUUUAUCUAGAUUGCUCGAAAAUAUUUAUUUCAAAAUUAGUAAAAACAUAUCUACAUGGAUAAGAGCAACGAAAGAUAGCAUCAAUUUAUCUAGUAUUAAGUCCAUACAAAUAGGAGAAACGUAUCUGGUGAAAUUAAUUUAGUACACUUUUGGAUUAUUUUAUAUAAAGUUUUAAAAAGGUUUAAUUGGUCUUCAAUUCUAUCAAGUUCUUAGUCCUUCUAUGUUUCAAAUAUUCAUGAAAAUGUUUCCUUACACAUUCGUAAGAACUUCAAAAAUAUUUAUGAAUUAUCCAUUUUCAAGGCUAAAACUGGUCUAUUACAACAUAAAAUUUUAAUGCUUAACUGAUGUAAAUAUUAAAAUUUAUAUAUUUAACUCAAAGAUCAUAGAAGCGUUUUUUUUUAAACGUAAGAGGAGUAGUGCAAUAUUUCAAUGAAUGGUAAGGUUUAUGAAAGAAAGAAUAAG